CUGUUGCUGCCAAACCAGCUGGCAUUUUCAAUUGAUAUCCUGUUAACGACCUUUAAUCUCAGGUUUAGUAGGCCUAUCUUUUAUUACUUUUUAGGAAAGACAUCAAGAGUUCAAAACCACCAUGCUGGCCACGGAGAAACUCCCAAGAACGUUUCCCCUGUGGAAGUGCACACCUCCCACUCUGCAGACUGUGAUUUAACGUUUUUAACCGUUUUUUUUUUGUUUUUUUUGGGGCGGUGGGAUGAGCGACUUUAAUCAGUUUACCUUAAUGCAUCAGGCGAAACUCCAGCAGCACGUGACGUAGACUUUUGUUCAUGAGUUGUUGAAGCUUGCCUGGGGAAGUUUUUCACCGAGCUCCUCUCUCGGCCGGGUCUCCUCACCUGAUUUGCACGCCACUCCCCGCCGGUGCAGAGGCUCUCCGCGGCCCCCGCGGCGGCCAGGAUGGGGACACCGGGAGCUCUGCCUGCUUGGAAAGCCACGAUUUUCUUCUUUAACUUGAUCUCAGCUGCUGUGGCCAAAAGACACGUCGUGUAUUGGAAUUCUACAAACACAAGGUUAACAGCAGGAGAUCUGUCCAUCCAGGUGAAUCUGAAUGACUACCUGGACAUUUACUGCCCACACUACCCUGACAAGGGGACCGAGGGUCCUGGGCAGCCGGAGACACUGGCCCUCUACCUGGUGGGAGAGGUCUCUUUCCAGGGCUGCGUGGAGACCAGGGGGGCUAUCAAGAGGUGGGAGUGUAACACCCCCUACGCUCCGUUUGGACCAGUGCGCUUCUCUGAAAAGAUCCAAAGGUUCACCCCCUUCUCGCUGGGGUUUGAGUUUCUGCCAGGGCGCCACUACUACUACAGCUCUCUACCCGCAGAGGAAGGCCCUCCUCUGCCAUGUAUGAAGUUGCGUGUCACCGUGUGCUGUGAGCCCACAUCAGAGGGUUCAAAACAAAUACAAGAAACUGUACAUGAAAGUAGUGCCUGCUCACUGAGAACAGCUUCACCUCCACUCCUCCUCAUCCUCGUCCUCCUCCUGUUGACCACCUGACUUCCUCGUCCCUCUUCACCGCUGACCUCACGCCCGUUUUCCCCUGGACCGGGAGAUAUUACUCAGACGCUCAAGUACACAAUGCAGUCUACGCUCAGACAGUCAAUGACAUAAUGCUAUCUAUGCUAAGCUACUGCGUAUGACAGAUAUUAUCUUGUGGCUGGUUUACCUGUCAAAUUCCAGAAAGAAUCAGUGUGUCUUAUCCAGAACGGGGCCACAGUGACUCAGGGACCGAGAAGCCGAAUCUCAGUGAUUCAUUUCUUGUUAUUUUCUUCAGAAUAUUACACAUAGAGCAAGGCUGAAUCAUACGACUCAUAUCUCACUGCCAGAAGAACAAUGAGUCUGUCAGGAAUUGUUCCAACCAAGUUUUCUCACUUUUUCAUUUCUGUUUCUCAUUUUCUACUCAUUAUGUUUUUGUGUAUUUACAAAAGCUGCCUUCUGUUUAAAAAGUGGCCAAAUAAACACGUACUACUGUA